AUGUGUAAAAGGUGCAAAUCUAAAGUAGCUAAUGGAUUAAAAUGUGUUGUGUGUGUAAACCAAUACCACCUGAGUUGCGCCAAACUUAGUUCAAAUGUGAAAAUAGUAGAAAAUGGGAUAAUAUGCUGUAAAUCCCAAAGUGAUGGAAAAGACUACGAUUCUGACAUGGCUUUCUACGAUGCAGUUGAAAGUACUGAUAAGUGCAUAGACUCUCAAACUUUUCUGUACAUUAUUAAACAAAAAGACAUCAUCAUUAAUGAACUAAGAGAUAAGGUAAAAAUCUUAAAUAAUCAAAUAGAUUUAUUAAAUAAAUUCCACGUCGACAUUCCGAAAAAACAUUCCGAUGCGGAAAAAACACCAGCGACCAAACCAGUAAAAAAUGUAAACACAUCAAAUGAUAUACCUGCUAAUAAAAACAAAACAACAAAUAAACAAAAUAAAAUAUUAAAGACGCAAGUGGCUAGUGCCCUAAAAGAAGUUAAAGAAAAACUUAUUAUGGAAGAGAUACAAAACUUGACAGCCAAAAAACCUGAAAAUACAGAUACUACUGGAAUAGUAAAUAGAGGUGACUCGUUUAGAAGGCGACGCUCCCGCAGUAACAGCUACUGUCCCCCGCACAUAGGGGGGACCCCGUCACCGGUGCUCGACGAACCAGGCGACCACAACCAAUCCGAAAUAUCAAACUAUCAAGUGGCUCUGCUCGGCGCACAGGGAGUCGGCAAAACCGCCCUCAUCAGCCAGUUCAUGACUUCCGAACACAUCAACGCUUACGAUAGACAAAAAGGUAACCCUAUUAAAGCUGAAGAUCCAAAUCCGCACAUCAAAAUUACAUGUACUGACAUUGCGACUGCGGGCGCCGGACCUUCUUCUACAGUUAAACUGCUGGAUGCCUUCCAAAGACUGAUUUUGCGGCUGAUACUGAACACCUCAAGAGGAAAUUUAAUCAUCACUGGUUGGACACAUAUUCGCCAUGGUUAG